AUGCCCCGGGCCAGCACUACCCCGGGAGCACGGCUCCGAUGCCGACGAGCCUGCGACAGCUGUAAAAGGCGGAAACAGAAAUGCAACGGCGAGCAGCCAUGUACAAUCUGCGUUCAGAGGCACAAGGAGUCAGAAUGCCAUUUCUCGGAUCGGCCCGCACGCCUACUCAAGCCAGACCCUAAGGACUCGACAAUAUUGCUCAGCGAGCGCGUGAUAGCAUCUCCGCAGCGGGAAACAGCAAUGGACCGCCUUUUAAACUCCAUUGAAGAUCAAGGAAUGAAUAUGGAACGUCAGGGAAAAGAUGAGAAGGAAGGGACGGCUCCCGUGCCAAAAGUGGCGCGGCUUCUACGCGAUGGUCAGGGAAAGUUUAUGUAUAUUGGUGAUUCGGCAAGUUUGUCGUUUUUACAGAGUCUGCGCCGUGUUGUUACGUCUUCCAUUGGCCGGUGUGAGUUCACCGAGGACAACUCACGACACUCAAUGCUCGAGGCCUUCCAGAGCAACCCAAGCACUCAGCCCGGAGCUCUAGUUACGCCACCAAGUAACGACGAUGCCCAAAAAUUAGCUUGUCAGUUCGUGCUUGCUACAAGCCCAUUGCUUGACUUAUUUGAUCUGGAAGAGUUCCACUCACGGCUAGCUAAUUGGGUUGCAAAUCCAACAGGUGACGAAGAUACCGUUAGCUCUAUCUUCUAUCUUGUCCUUGCCAUCGGAGCUCAGGUCUCCGAUAUUGAUCAGACAGUAGCUGAACAAUAUUUUGGCAGCGGUCGUCAAUUGGCGUUCUCGGCCUUUCAGGAAACUCCAAGCAUACACACCAUUCAAUCAUACAUUUUGGUUUCCAUGUAUAUGCUCGGCGCAUGCAGGCGCAACGGUGCAUUUAUGAACCUGGGGGUUGCCCUGCGUGCGGCCUACGCGGUAGGAAUCCACCGCAAGGAUGCAAACGCUCUAUUUUGUGGGCGUGAGCGCCGAGCCAGGGAGCGAGUCUGGAAGAGUCUUCGAAUGAUGGAUCUAUUCCUCAGCGCCUCCCUAGGACGCCCUCCCGCAACUUCAGACUAUGAUUACGACAUUCGUGAGGAUACUCCUAUACCAGGAAAAUCACAGUCACAUUUGGCCGCAGAUCAACAGCUUUCUAUUGCGGUGAUUUCGCUUUGUCGAAUAUUCGAGCGAAUUUUGACAGAUGUGUACAUGAAGCAAGUCAUAUCGAUAAAUGUUGCAGAGAAGAUAUCCAACCAACAUCGGGCAUGGGUUCGCACUCUGCCAGCAAUGCUCAAAAUGCAGACUGAGCGGCCCGAAAACAAAUCCAUGGAGAACAGCCUAGCUGCAGCUCAUGUGUUUGGGUCAUACUACUGGUCGAUCAUCCUAUUGACACGGCCAUUCCUCAUAUACCGUGUCGCCCAGUACGUCAAAGGGAAACCCGACUCAUCCUCUGAAAAUCGAAGCGGUAGCUCCCGAGUAUCCUUGUUUGCCGAUGCAUGUGUCUAUUCCGCACUCCGAGGUCUAGACGUGGUCGAUAAUCUCAGCCAUUAUACCUCCCUUCCACGUCGACUACCCUUCUUGAUCAACUCCGUUUUUAACUCUGUCAUCGUCCUCGGCGCUGCAUUCUUUGCCGACUACGAUAGUCUCCUCCCCCUAGAAGAAGGAAUGAACAAAGCCGAACGGUUCCUAGGGCUAUUUGUCCCGCACGAUCCACAUGCAUGCCGAUUUUUCCAGAUCAUCAAAUACCUCCGCGCUGCUGUAACCGAAUACGUUUCCCGGCGAAAUCGACAAUGGAUGGAUAGACGCAGCAAACAAGUCGACCAGCUCUUCGGUCAAGUUGGCGGUGACGAGGAUCGCAACUCCCCAGGGGCUCCACCUUUCACUGGCCCAAGUGAUAGUCACCAUUCUGCAUCUGCAACUGCAACUGCAUUAUCCCCUGCUUCCGACAAAUUGCCCCUUGGGACUCCAUCCUCUUACAUUCCCUCCCAACUACCCCCUCAAUCCCAAUUUUCAACCGACAACGAUGUUUGGGAAGCCCUGUGCAAUGGCUCAGACCCUACUGCGGCUCUGUCCUACGACGCAGCCAUUUCUGCGUUAACCACCUCUGGGAUCCCAGUUGGCUGCUCCCCCGGUGGAACUAUUCCCUCUGGUCCACCUGCGGUGUCCGGUCCAUCUCCGCUUUCUGACGUGAUGUUCCCGGAUAAUGGUCUGUUGUAUAUGGCUGAGGAUCUUCCGGUCUUUGGCAUCUGGGGGGAUGAGCCGUGA